GCUUGUGAUAGAUUCGCGUUCUUUCUUCGUUUUUGUUUCAGCUGCCUCAAGUCUUAUCCCCCGGAAAGUUCACGCGACUUCGUUACAAUGAAGAUCUACAUAGUCCUCGCUUUCAUGGCUGUAGCACAAGCUGCAAAAGUCCAGACGAGGACCCGCCGUGCGGCGUACGAGCUACCCGACGGCGUAGAGUUCGUGGUCGGCGGCGUGCAGACGACCUUCCAGUGCGAGAGGAGCGGCUACUUCGCCGAUGUCAGCAACAACUGCCAGCUGUUCCACAUCUGCAACGAGAUCUACAAGGAGGACGGCUCGGUCGAACUGCAGCAGUACAGCUUCUUCUGCGGCAAUCAGACCGUGUUCAACCAGCUGAGCCUGACGUGCGCCCAUCCCGAGGAGUCAGUGCCGUGCCAGAACGCCCCCGACUUCUUCUACAUCAACGACAACAUCGGCCGUCUCGACGCGCCGGCCCACACCGAGGACGACCUGCAGCGCGCAGCCCCGCUUGUGCCGGGCUUUCAGCAGCAGUCCUUCGCGGCCGCCUCCAACCGACACGAAACCAAAGUGACGCCCGAGAAGUGAACUCGCUUUCGGAGCAUCCGUUGUCCACAUGCUGUCGUUAUCGCACGUGUGUUUUCGAUGCUCUUGUAACGCUGCUACACGUGCACGGCCACUUUCCAUCGCACCCUGAUACCGACGCCGCUUAAUGCAGUGAUUGUUCCGCGAAUCGCGAAUGAGAUCCUUUGGAGGAGGGAAUAUGUGGCGAUCAUCGCCAAGCAGCGUUCGUUAUUAUGAACGUUCGCGUUUUGCACCAAAAAUAUUUUAAAUUG